AGUCUUCACUACAAAUCCCAUGAUUCCAAUCCUCCUUUAAUCGCAUCAUCCAGGAGCUUCUGGAUCUCUCGAGUAAAACUGGAGGAUAGAAGCUGAUUUUGUUUACAUGAUUUUUGGCUCUUCCUGAAAGCAGAAGGGCGGAACAUCAAUGAAAAUGGACUUAAAUGCAAUCAUAGAGAAGAUGGAAACGGGCGAUCAGGACGCCGCACUUACAGCUUUACAGACCUUUAAUAAAGAGAAAUCCCAGUGUUUUUCAUUUACCCCCGGGGAGGAGGAAGACAGAGAGCGUCUGGGCGAGUUAGUGCUGGGCUUCCUGGAGAGAGACCUCCAGCCGUCCUGUCAGCUGGCCUGCCUGGAAACCAUCCGCAUCCUGUCCCGUGACAAGAAGAGCCUGGUUCCCUUUGCCACCCGCCACGCCAUGCAGAUCCUGAUCCGACAUGCUGGCCUCAGUCAGGGUGAGGGCUUCUCCCCCGAGAUCCCGGACCUGGAAGUGAUCGUGGAGGCUCUGAAGUGCUUGUGCAACAUUGUGUUCAACAGUGAGGCGGCUCAGGAGGCGGGGGCGGAGCUCCAGCUGAUAGUGGGAUUGGCCGAGAGGCUCAAACAGUGCCGCGAGCCGCAGUGGAGCCACGACGUGCGAUUCUUCGACCUGCGCCUCAUGUUCCUGAUCACUGCCCUGCGCGUGGACGUAAGAGCCCAGCUGGCCCGCGAGCUGCGGGGCGUUAGUCUGCUGUCCGAGGCUCUGGAUGCCACGCUCGGCCUCUGCUGGCCCGAUACGUACGAGGUGGCUUGUGCAGGCUUUGACGGCUGCUCAGAGCUGCCCCCGCUGGGGAGACAGGAGACGGAGCGAGCCAUGGAGCUCCUGAAGAUCCUCUUUAACGUCACCUUUGAUUCCAGCCGCCGCAAGGUGGACGAGGAGGAAGCAGCCACUUACAGACACCUGGGUGCCAUACUGAGACACUGCAUUAUGAGCUCCUCCGAGGGAGAGGAGCGUACAGAGGAGAUGCACAGCCACACGGUGAACCUUCUGGGGAACCUGCCGCUUCCGUGUCUUGACGUCUUGCUGAUGCCUAAAGUCCAGCAGGGCUCAAUCGAGUACAUAGGCGUCAACAUGGACGCCGUCAAGGUGCUGCUGGAGUUCAUGGAGAAAAGACUCGACCGGGGAAACAAGCUGAAGGAAACUUUGCUGCCCUCGCUAAAUCUACUAACAGAGAGCGCUCGCAUCCACAGAGAGACCAGGAAGUUUUUACGAAUGAAGGUGCUUCCACCAUUACGAGAUGUCAAAAACAGACCUGAGGUUGGGAACGCUCUACGGAACAAGCUAGUGCGUCUGAUGACACACAUAGACACGGACGUGAAGCACUGUGCGGCUGAGUUCCUGUUUGUGCUGUGCAAGGAGAGUGUUUCCAGGUUUAUCAAGUACACAGGUUAUGGUAACGCGGCAGGGCUGCUGGCCGCUCGGGGACUGAUGAGAGGCGGCCGAGACCCCGGACAUUAUUCAGAAGACGAGGACAGUGAUACCGAGGAGUACAGAGAGGCAAAACCUCACAUCAAUCCGGUGACCGGCCGUGUGGAGGAGGAGCAGCCCAACCCUAUGGAGGGAAUGACUGAAGAACAGAAAGAAUACGAAGCCAUGAAACUGGUCAACAUGUUCGACAAACUCUCAAGGGAGCAGGUGAUCCAGCCAAUGAAAAUCGGAGCUGAUGGUAAAAUGACUUCACUGGAGCCACAAGAGCUUCAUUAUUUAGCCAGCCAACAGUUCGGAGAGUCCAAUAAUUCUGACAGCGACAGUGACACAAACUAAUUCUCAAAACCAAAAGCUUCUUGUGAAUCGUAUAAAAGAAUUUGACACUUUACGAUUUGAAUGCUUUGUUUUUGCUCCAAAGGAAAACGCCUGGUGAUUGUUAGUUCGUCUCAUUUGAGGUUUAUUGUGUUGCCCUGUCUUCAGGUAAUAUUUUCUGUACAAUGAUGAUGAAAACAUGGUUUGGUUGCACAGUACUCAUUUAUUAAUGUAACAGGAUUUAAUGGAACUCCAAGUUAUUAUACAUCACAGAUUUUAUUUCUCAUUUAGUAUACGGUCUGAGAAGAAAACAAAUGUGACACCGCGGGAAUACCACAACAGAGACCUGAUAUUUAUUUAUUUAUUCAUUCACUUGGAUUUAGGAUGAGCUGAGAGGAGAAUUUUUUAAGUUACAAUAUAUAUAUAUAAAUAUGUAUAUAUAUGUGUUUAUGAGAUGUGAUAUUUUAUGAGGAAGGACAGUUCAGCAUUUUUAGGUUUUAAGCCUCCUGUGAUCAACUUGUUCUGUGUGACUUAAGGAUGGAUUGCUGUAUAUUGUUAUUGGUGGCCCGUGUAGUUACAUUUUGAAGACUGAAGGAAAUGUUGUAUAAUUUGUAUCACAAAUUGUAUGUGUUUAAAAAAUAUAUAUUGUCAUAUUAUAAUAA